AAAAAGAAAACAGGUGAAAAACUGUCAAAUUUCCUAACCUUAAAGUUCGGCAGGCAUUAGAAUUUAAAUUUUCCUCGAUCUUUUUAUUGUUAAAUUACUUAAUAAAAUGUCUCUUUUUACAAAUUAUUUAGUGAAAAUUACAUUACAGAACAAUUACCGCCUGUUAACACCGCUGAGAACAUUCCGUGUUAGUCAAGUUAAGCAUCUUUAUUCUCCUGCCGCUCUCGGUAUCGAUGGAUACCUGAACAGUAGAAAGAAAAUUAAGGAACAAUUCACCAACUUCUCUGAGAAGUUCCGUACAAAAAUGACAGAUUUUGUUAUGGAUCCAAAGAACAUGGUAUUCACUGAAGAUUUGAAGAAUAUGGUUCACAUGGCUGAGCCUGCAGAUUUAAAACUCAUAUUGGAUAUGGUUAAAAAAUUUAAUACUCAAAGUACAGAGUUUCGUUUUGGUUCCUUUGUAUUUGGCCCUGUUGUAAUGAGGAUGUUUCAUUUCUUGGAUGCACCUACUGAGGCACUACAGUGCUUUGAAGACCCUGCCAACAAAGGUUUCUUUGACCAGCUAAUUUCAUAUCAAAUCUUGCUGGAUCUGCUGUACAACCAUGAAAUGUAUGAUGAGAUGUUCAGAGUGUUUGAAACAGUACAGGAGAGGCAAAUUAACAUGACCAAGUUUCCAAAGUAUCCAGUUGUACUGAUACUAGCUGCUUGUUAUAAGCAGAAUACACCAAAGAGCAUGGAGUAUGCAUCAAAGUUAUGGCUGGAAAUGACCAGUGUGGGUACAUCUCCACUCAGGAGGGCAUGCACGUUUUUUGCAGCUUUGGCAAUUAAGCAGGGUGCUCCCCAAAUUGCAUUGGAAAGUAUAGCAUUACAGAAACAGCAUUAUGUUACCAUCAGAAAUAUUAAGGCAAUGGCGCUAUCAGACAUGGGACGAGUGGACGACGCUCUGCCUGUGCUGAGAGCAGUAUUAGAUAUCGACAGACCUGAUCAGAAGGAUAAACACACAUUCUUUAAUGAAACAUUGGAGAAAGUACGUGCCGCCGUCCAAAAGGCAAACAAUAAGGAUAUAGAGAAAGAGUUCCUUGACAUCGAAAAGGCAUUGAAGGAUCGAGGUCUUAUUUAUUCACAGACUCUAGAUCAGCUGUUAAACGUCGAAAUCGCGAGUCUUCCGAAGAAAAAGGACCCUAGAAGCAUGAGUAGCAAAUUCCAAACACAUAGAAUGCCCUUUUCUCAACGUAACAGAAAUAGGACCGUCUAACCAAGUGUACUAUAGUGACAAAAGUAAAAUAAUUAUUUAGUUAUUCUCUGUGUAAAUAAUUAUGCUGACUGGAGUUUAGUUU